GUUCUUUCGAAAUUCUACAAUGGCUGCCAUGAUCAAAGUUGAAAACCUUAUCCGAUGAUACAUAAAUUGCUGACCUUUUUGUCUUCUAUUGGUAUGCUGGUUAGCUACUGAAACAAGCAAGCAUUUGCUGCUCUUAAUUUGUGGUGGCAUGAUGGAAUCAAUUAAAAUACUUGUUUGUGGUGAUGUGAAAGGGCAAUUUGCAAAAAUCUUUAAGAAAGUUGGAAAUCUAAACAAAAAGAAUGGUCCAUUUGAGGUUGUUCUCUGCCCAGGCCAAUUUUUUGCAGCUUCUGAUCAAUGUGAAAAAGAAUGGAAAGAAUGUAUUACAGGAAGCAUCAAAGCACCACUUCCAUUUUAUAUACUUGGACCAACAAUACCAGAAUUUGAAAGUUUCUAUACACAGGUGUCACUUGAAGAUGGGGGAGAACUAUGUCAUAACAUCACAUAUUUAGGCAAAAAAGGAGUUUACACUACUGUGUCAGGAUUGCAAAUUGCAUAUGUUGGAGGUAAACCAGGAGGUGUUGGAAGCAAGUCUGUGACCAAAAUUCAGAAUUCAGAUAUAGAUGCGCUGUUAAAGAAACCUAAAGAGGAUGACAAGUUUACUGGCAUUGAUAUUUUGAUGACCAGUGCGUGGCCUAAAGAUGUUCAAAAAUAUACAAACUUUGAUGUUGACGUAUCAGAUUCUUCAAAACUGGUUUCGAUUGCAGCUUCCGUUUUGAAACCUCGAUAUCAUUUUACUUGCCAUGAGGACUACCACAUGGAAAGGACACCAUACAGGAACCAUCAAGUUUUGCAGGGCAAGCAAGAACAUGUAACCAGGUUUAUCUGUCUUGCGCCAUUUUUAAACAAGGAUAAUAAAAAGUUUCUUUAUGCCUUCAACAUUUGUCCCAUGUCAAAAAUGUCGCGGGAAGAACUCGUCAAGCAACCAGCCGAUUCAACUGAAUUUCCUUUCAAAAAGAUUCUGCAUGAAAUGGAACAAACAGACAGCGAGUCAAAACCAUCGCAGCAACAGUUUUUCUAUGACCAGAAAAAACUAGACGAGUCAAAAAAGCGGAAAAAUGAUUUCCAAGACACCAGUCAACAAAAGAAGCAAGCUAAAGGACCACCGGCACUUACUGGUCCUUGCUGGUUUUGUCUCGGAAGCCCACAGGUGGAGAAGCAUCUUGUCAUCAGUGUUGGACUGCAGACUUAUUUGGCGCUGGCUAAAGGCGGUCUAACAGAAAACCAUGUUCUGAUUUGUCCAAUACACCAUUACAACUCCACUGUUGUUUUACCUGAGGAAACCCUGAUGGAAAUUGAAAAAUACAAGCAAAGUUUGAGAAAGAUGUUUAAAGAGCAGCAAAUGGGAUUGGUAAUUUUUGAAAGAAACUUUUACACGCAGCAUUUACAACUGCAAGUGGUUCCAAUUCACCUUGAGAAAGUAGAAGAAGCAAAAUCUGCGUUUAAAGAAUAUGGACAAUUACAAAGUUUAGAGUUUGCAGAUGUCCCUGAAGAUAAGGAUCUUCAGGAGAUGGUUUCAGUGACAACGCCAUACUUCGCAGUCGAAUUUGAUGAUGGAGACAGAUUGUUACAUCGAGUGAGGUCUAAGAUGCCUCUGCAGUUUGGCAGGGAAGUUUUGGCGAGCUCUGAGCUCUUAGAUCUGCCCGAAAAGGUUGACUGGAAAAACUGCAAGUUAUCAAAAGAGGAAGAAACCAGAAUCACUAAAAAUUUUAGAGUGAGAUUUACUCCAUUUGAUUUCAAUUCAUAACUGACAGUUUUUAAAUUAUAUUUUACAUAUGUUACGUUUUUAGUUAUGUAAAACUGUGCAAUUUUACAAAACCUUUUUUUAUAUAUGCAAAUCAUACCCUUUUAAAGGCCAUAGUUGAAGUUGUAGUUCCUCAAAUUUAAAAACAUUCCCUUAGAUUAAAGUUUCUGUCCGGUGAACAGCAUCAGUUUAAGAAAUUGAUUGCCAAGCCAUCAUCAAACUUCCCAAUAAUAAAUUAUAUUAAAUUACUAUUGACAAAUGUUAAACCAAGCGAGAAUCAAUCUGCAAUGCAAGCUUGCUGCUUUAGAAACAUUUUACCAGAAUUUUCUUACAAAUACAACAUAUUUCGCUGAGGACCUUCGAUGGCCACAACGUCUUUGCUCUCAUAAAAAAUUUGUUAUUUCAUGUAAAUAAUUGUUGUGAUUAAUUUUGCUUGUAAAGGGUUUACACUUUUCAUAACUCUUGUAAUUCUCUGCUCUGAUUAUACUACAGUAAAUAUUAAAUGUCAGAAAAUGUGCGUUACUUAAAAACCUUGUUCCUUUCUUUGCUUGCGAAUAAAACCAACUAUUUAAAUUGCUUAAGGUUUUCUAGGCAGGGGUUUUAAAGAGGAUUAAAAAAACACUCCAAUCAGCUCUUUCCAGCAAUUUUUUAAUAACAUUUUAAUCUGAAAAACAGCAAUUUUUUUGUUUUAAUACUUUAUGUAUUUAAAUACAAAGUCAUCAAUAUUUCAAACAACUACAGCUAAUUUUGUAAAUAAACUAAUUCUUAAUGAACUACAAAAUGAUAUCCAGCUACAUAGCAAUGGAUGAAUUGAAGAACUCAAACAAAAAGCAUUGCGGAAAAGAGCACUGGGACCAAGGUUUUUGCUGGACUGCUGGAUUGAACCAAUGUGCAAAUUAGCAAUGAGUUUGCUACUUUUAUAGGUGAACAGCAAACCAUGAUUCUUUGCAAGAUUCCAAAUAAAUGAUAAAAUGUUUGCU